AUGUCCACACAAACCUCCCAAAUAGUCUACCACUACCUCGACAUCGGCCGCCUAGGCCGCGGUGAAGUCGUCAGGCUCUUCCUCAAAGACGCCGGUAUCGAAUUCACCGAAGUCCGCUACCCGUACGAUGAUACCUGGCCCCAGGCUAGCAAAAAGCUGCAGGAGCAGGGUAUCAGUCGAAGCGGGCUGGUUCCUGCGCUCGAGUACAAGGGGAAGAUUCUGACGCAGCACAUCCCCAUUCUCCGCUACCUAUCGCGCGACCUCGGCCGCUACGACGGCGAGACUAACUGGGAGAAGUACAUCGUUGAUGUGGUGGCUGAUAUUUAUAUCGAUUGGAGGAGCGAAUGGGUCUCCAAUUUCAUGCAAGCAUCCGAGAAAUACAAAAAUGAAACCACGGCCAAGUACUACGAUCUCGUAGGAAAAUACUAUGCCGAAACGGAGGGUCCGUAUCUUCUAGGCGAUAAGGUCACGUAUGCGGAUUUUGCCGUCUAUCAGAGCAUGGAUAAUGAUCGGAGGACGGGGACUAUUGUGGCGGAUCUUCCUGAGUCGCUGGUCAGGCUUAGGGAUGCUUUUGAGAAGAGGGAGAAUAUUGCAGCGUAUAUUGAGGAGACGAAGUAG